AUGUUUGCAGGACGCUUCUUGCGGUUUACAUCCCCGCGACCAAUCCUCCAUUCAUCUACUCGCAUCAGACGUCCUGCCAUGGCCUCGCAACAAUUUUCGGAUCGGGCUAUGUUUCCACCCCGUGCGUUUGACUCGACCGGGUUCGAGGUCAUUGAUCCGUCUCAACUAGUGGAGGAGGAGCGCCUCCCUUUCUACAACCGCGAUCACUAUUACCCUAUGCGGAUUGGCGAAGUGUUGAAGGACCGCUAUCAGGUAGUUGCAAAGCUUGGCUACGGUGCCAGCUCGACUGUGUGGCUGUGUCGCGAUCUCAGCGAUCGAUCAUAUCGGGUGAUAAAAGCGCAUGUCAAUACUCUCAAACAUAUUCAGGAGCUUGAUGUCUUCAAUCACCUGGCUAGCAUCUCUGUGGAGCACCCAGGUCGGCUGCACGUCCGACAGCUUGAAGACUCUUUCAAGAUGAAGAGCUACAAUGGCGAACACGAGUUCUUCGUUAUGACACCUCUAGGUAUGAGUAUGAGGACUUUGCAAGACUUGCACGUAGGUGGCGUCUUUGCCCAAAGUGUUGUAAAAGGGGCUCUUGACCAGGUACUCUUUGGGCUGAAUUUCCUGCACGAAGCAGAUGUGACCCACACAGACCUCCACUCGGAUAAUUUGCUUAUUGCUAUCACGGACGACUCCAUUCUCUCAAAGGUAGAAGAGGACGAAAUUCAGACUCCGUCUGCGAGAAAGCAGGUUGGUGAUGAUGUGAUCUACGUCUCACGGUACAUGCUGGGUGGCGCUGGGCCCCUCGUUAUUUGCGACUUCGGACAAGCACGCAUUGGCAAUAAACACAUUGGCAACGCUAUGCCAGUGCCAUACCGCGCUCCUGAAGUUAUUCUUGGCAUGGAAUGGGAUAAUGCUGUGGACACUUGGAGUUUAGGUCUCUUGAUCUGGGACUUUAUUGAACGAGAAGGGCUAUUUGGCGUUUAUGAUAAAGCAUCCGAGGAGCUGAAUGAUGCUCACCAUCUUGCAGCCAUGACCGCCCUACUCGGCCCGCCACCACCCGAGUUUCUCAAAAGGAGCAAGAACACUAGCAAGUACUGGGAUAUUGACGGAAAAUGGAACGGACCUGUCCCAUUGCCAGAUGAAAAGAAAAUUCAAUCUCUUGUGACGAAUCUGACGGGAGAUGACAAAGAAGAGUUUUUGGAUUUAGUCUCUGGGUUCCUCUGCUGGGAGCCAGAGGAGCGCCUCACUGCUGGACAGGCAUACUACCAUUGUUGGCUGCGAGGAAAAUCUGAUGAGCCAAUACCUACUGUGGGAAAUUGA